GGGCUGGCUGUUUUAGAGGCAUUUCUUAGGCAGGAUAUGGGGGAGACAAAGGAGGGUGGAUUGGUGUGGGUGUGGGUCAAUGUGUCUUGGAUUUUUGUGGCUGUUUAUUUAGCCUAGUUGAGGGACACAAUGGGGGGUUUUUGACAGGUUAUUUUCGGCCAGUAUAUGGGGGUAAGGGAGUGCUUAUUUAGGCUAUUAUUAGGAGUGGUUUUGGCCUUAAGGGUGUAAAUUUAAUGGAAGGACAAUUGUGGGGUUCAAAGGGUGUGGUGGUGUGUUGGGUUGUGAGGUAUAUUUGGCCAGGGAAUGAAAGGAAGGGAGAGAAGGGAGAGUGAGGCUGAUCAAUUCUGUUCUUUAUGGGGUGAUUUCCUUUUGGUGUAGAAUUUUCGUGCUGCCUUGUAAGGUUAUGCAGAAGGUCAUGGCUGUAUGUAGGAAUUUUCUUUGGAGCUCCUCUUCAGAAUAUAAGAAACCCCCUCUGGUCAAAUGGGAAGAAGUCUGCAGAUCCAAAUGUGAAGGAGGACUGGGCUUGAAGAAUCUGCAGGUAUGGAAUAAGGCUUGUAUUAUGAAAUUAAUUUGGGAUAUUGCAUCUAAGAAAGAUAUACUGUGGGUUAAAUGGGUACACAGUAGAUACCUGAAGAAUAAAUCCAUAUGGUCAUAUGAAAAUAAACCUGAUGAUUGCUAUUAUUGGAAGAAGAUGAUGUUGGUUAGAAAAGAAUUUGCUGGGAUGCCAUGUUCAAGUGAGUACACUGUGAAAGAAGGUUACAAAUGGCUGGCAGGAAACCAAUCAAGAGUUGAAUGGGCUGAGUUGGUAUGGAAUAAAACCUCUGUUCCUAAACAUCAAUUCAUUGCUUGGUUGAUAUGGAGAGGUAGGUUACUGACAAAGGACAGAUUGAGUGGUUUCUUGCCAAUUGAUCCUACCUGUAUAAUGUGCACCAAGGAAAAGGAGACAGUGGAUCACCUAUUUUGCAGUUGCCCUUUUGCAGUAGACAUUUUCCUUAAUGUCUCUGGUUUUAUUCAGUUUGACCUUACUUCUUGUUCUAUAGCUGAAUUGGGACAGAAACCAAAGGAAGGGAAGAACAAGAAAGAUAGAUGCUUCAUUGCUGCUUGCAUUGCCAUUUGUUGCUAUUACAUUUGGAAAGCUAGGAAUGCAAAGCAGCACAACAAAGAGAUGACCAAGGAGAGCACGUUGAAGGCUAUUGUUGAACAGAUUAGUUUCAUCUCCAUUAAUAAGUAGCUAUUAUGUUUUUAGGGGUGGCUGUAGUGUGGCUAGUGUUCUCUGUUUGGCUGUUUUGCAUUUGUGAUUUCCUAUGUACUGGUUGGUGAUAUUUGGGUGGUAAUAUAUUUUGUGCUUUGUUCAAAAAAAAAAAAAGAUUUUCAAUAAAGCAACUUAAAAUUG